GCCGCUCCUCCUUCCCAGCCUUUCAUUCCCUUUUGCCCCCCUUCUUCUCGAAUUAUUUACUUUUAAUUCUCUGUUUUUAUUCUCAUCUCAGAUCUCAUUGGAGCGUAAGAAGAUGGCUGCUUAGAACCCAUCUGACCUGUUGUUAUGCUCUAUCAUGGCCGCGAAGAUGGUAUUGCCAUCGAAACUGUUGCUCCAGCUCUUGGAGAGCCCAUGGACCUGAUGACAGCUUUUCAACUUGUGAUGAAGAAAUCAUUGGCCCAUGAUGGGCUUGUUUGUGGACUUCAUGAAGCUGCCAAGGCAAUUGAAAAGCAUGCUGCGCAACUUUGUAUUCUGGCUGAGGACUGCAACCAGCCUGAUUAUGUGAAGUUGGUCAAAGCACUUUGUGCUGAUCACAAUGUGCAUUUAGUAACAGUACCAAGUGCAAAAACUCUUGGCGAGUGGGCUGGGCUAUGCAAGAUCGACUCAGAGGAAAAGGCGAGAAAAGUUGUGGGUUGUUCAUGUGUCGUUGUCAAGGAUUAUGGUGAAGAAUCAGAGGGUCUACAUAUAGUUCAGGAGUAUGUGAAAUCCCACUGAAAUAUGAGAACUGAUUAGUAGCGGGUCAGUAAUAGCUCAUUAGAGUUUGCUGAAAACUUUCACCAUUGAGGCUUUCUGUGGAAUUUUGCAGCUGUUAGUUUGAAGACUUCUAUUUGGUGAUCAUUUAUCAAUUUUUCUUGGAAGGGUUUUAUUUUUGCCUACAAAAUCUGCAUUUUGAGGGUCUCUCUUCAUUCUUCUUCUUAAAUUAAUGCAGAAGUAGGUCAAAUUAAAUAGGCCUUUAAUGGGGAAAUAUUGUUUGUUUGUUGUAUUUUGAGUGUUCUUUCAGUAUAAACUGCUUUUGAUUAAAAUCAUCAAUUGCCCCACAUAUAGAGAAUUGCCUUU